AUGUUAUUUCCCUCAUUUCAGUUGUCCGUGGACUUGGAGUGGUUGGCUGACUCCUUGCUCCCUGCUCUCGCGCGCGAGUCUGUGUGCGCUGACUGUGUUCGGUUUCCCUGUAUGUCCGUUUGCGUGUACGUAGGCGAGUCAGCACAUGAGUUGUUGCUACGCUCACUAGACGGUACAGAUAAUCAACGCCCGAUGAGUCAGCUUAAUGUGACACUGGCCGGCUCUACUGACACUGCAAUGAUCAUGCAAUUACAGACGCCUCGUCAAUGUGUCGAAAUAUUGGUUGCUCGAUUGUGGUCGCUGGUGGUUGAUCAGAUGGCCGUUGAUCUGUUCACUGAGCCUGGCAAUUGGCUAGCAAAUGUUUCCUUCCUUAGUUGA